CUUUCCCGGAAAAUGAGCAAAGAGGAUGUGAGUGUAACGUUUUAAAAUCACAAAGACUUUAAAAAUAAAUUUUAAAAACAGAUGAGAUAUUGAUACUAAUUUUACCAAACACAGAAGCACUGGAACUAUUUGGCCCAUCAAAAUAUUAAGGGGGGUGUAUUCAACUUAGAUUUUAAAAGAUUAUGCUAGGUUUUUUAUAAUCCAUGGAUUAUGGGCUUCGAAAAUCAUGGAGAUUCCGCCUGAAACAGACAAUUACAUUCGAGAAUCUAUCGAGCACUCCCUAGGUCUCCCUGUUUCUAAAGAAACUCUUCAAUCGAAGCUUGAAGCCUCCCAACAAUCAGAAUUCCUGCUUCGCAAUCAGUGCCUUUUCUUGCAGUCCAAACUCAAAGAAAAAGAUGGCGUCCUUGAACGGGCUAGGGCUGAGGCGAGUAUGAAUGCAGUAGCGCUGAAGAAGUUUGUGGAGGAGAAUCAGAAACUGGCUCUGGAGUGCUCGAAUCUGCUGGAGCAGUCCAAUAGAUGGCAGAGGGAGUGCUCAUUGUAUGAUGAGGACCGGGAAGCAUUGAUGGAUUUCGGAAACGAGGUGGAACAGAGAGCCAAGGAGGCUGAGCUACGUGUGCAGGAGUUAGAGGCCGAGGUCGAGAAGUUGGAGGAGGAAUUGCGGUUUUACAAGUUUGAGGCACAACAGGUUGACACAUCUGGAGAAGAGGCUUGUACAGGAAAGGUUUUACUGGAGUCUUUGCUGGGAAGCAUAAUGAGCCAAGAAGAAGUUCAAUUAAAAGCACGUGCUUUUCUAGAGGCAAACAGCAAUAUUGAUGUUUGUCAAAAGUUGCUAAAAGGGUGGAAAAGAUUGAGUCCAUCAGCACACAAUGCUCUUGCACUGGCAGCUGAAGUCAAAACAUUGCAGACAGAUAACGCGCAGUUGCUGAUUAACCUUCAGAGGGCCGAAGAGGAGGUGAAAGUGUUUUUUGAAGAAAACAAUCUGUUGGACGAAGAGAACAAAAGGCUAAUGCAACACUUUCAGAGGGAGAAGCAUAAUUCUUGUUCUGGUGGAAAAAGUUCAGGCUGUGCUUCUGCAAAGGGGAACAAGAGAAAAUCAGGUUCCAAGAUCAGUACUUCCUUGGACAGAAAGAUUGACUUCAAUGGAGUCGAUUCUUCAAGGCUGCCAUUAUCACCCCUAAGGGAGAACUCACCUGAGUGCCGAGCAUACAAGAAGUAGCUAGAGCCCGGUGAACAUCGUGCCCUACCAUUCUCCUAACUGCUUUUGGAUUUGGAGACUUGUGCAAUGUAUGAUGGAUGGGUUUCGACU